AUGUUGUUCCCGAUUUUCAUGGCUAAAUACAUUCUUGGUGCCUCUUUCUUUCUCGCGUUUUCGGACAGUCUUUCAUCACUAGUUUUCGCGUCUCAAGUGCAUGCAAUUUUGUGCACUCAUUCAUCAAUACCUGUGAGUGUCUCCAAAGCACAAAUAGUACACGUAAGAACACCGUUACUUUGUGACUUCUUGGCUUUGGAGUCGUGCCAAGUGUCUGAAAUUUUUCGUGACAACUCUCCCAGAGAGGAUAUGCAAGACCAAUGCUUUCUCUGUGGUCAUGACCAGGACUUGAUUAUAUGUCCCAAAUGUGGACACGUGGCCUUUUGUGGUCCAGAACACCGUUCGCUUCACUCUGAUGAUGAAUUGGAGGAGUGCUAUCCUUACAAAGUGGGGCGUAAAGAGGGUGUUGGGCGAUGUCUCAUGGCUACCCGUCGCAUUGAAGCGGGCCAAUUGAUCUUCAAAGAGACACCUUUGACCGUUGGGCCUCUGCAUGAGACCAAACCCGUUUGUCUGGUGUGCUGGAAAGCUGUUGAUGGAUCAUAUCAAUGCGAGAAAUGUCACCUGCUCAUGUGUAGCCUCGAAUGCGCCGAGGCCGAAAUACAUGUCAAGAAUGAGUGCCAGGUAUUCGGAUCUCAACAUCGGCCACCCAUCCAGAUCUCAAAUUUUGAUCAGUUCCAUCCCUUCUACCAAUGCAUUACUCCUUUACGCGGUCUCAAAUUGAAGGAACGGUAUCCUCAAAAAUGGAGAGCUUUGAAGGGUAUGAUGGAUCAUUGUGAGGAUAGACCAAAGGAUAUUCAUUACGAGGUGAAUCAGAAGAAUGUCGUUCAAUUCCUCCGCGAUCACUGGAACGUUCCCUGUUCCAUUGAGGAGAUUAAUCACGUUAUUGGGGCGUUGGAAGUUAAUGCCUUCGAAGUGAGUGGGGUGGGAGGAGGUCGGGGGGUGUUUCCUCUUACAGCUCUCAUGUCGCAUUGUUGUAUUUCCAACACUAGGUACACGAUGUACGAUGACUAUCACACGGAGUGCAGAGCCAAUGUGACGAUUGAAGUGGGAGAAGAGAUCACGGAUUUCUACGUGUCCCCCUUGCAUGGAACCCAAUAUCGCAGGACUCAUCUUCGGGAUGGUUGGUUUUUUGAUUGUCAGUGCAUUCGAUGCCAAGAUCCAACCGAAUGUGGAAGCUAUCAAGAUGCUCAUAGAUGCGGGUCAAAUGAUUGUAUGGGCAACGUGAUUUCUCUGAAGCCUUUGGAUUACGAUUCGGAUUUUAAAUGCGAACAAUGCGAUUUUCUCUUAUCGAGAAAAGAGCGGGAACAAAUUGAAGAUGGACUGACCGAAAACUUGGAUAAAAUCGAUAAAAACGACGAUGACGGACUCGAAAAAUUGCUGGAGUCCGCUCUCCUCAAAGUUCAAGACACUCACUUCAUCGUGACGGCCAUCAAGCGAUAUCUCGUGUACAUUUACGGCCGUGUUCCUGGUCGGAUGUUGCAUCAGAUGUCUCUGGAAGGGGCGCUCCGGAAAAGGACUCUGUGCCGUGAUUUGUUGACCACUUACGAUAUCAUUGUGCCCGGACUCACCCGAGAACGAGGCCUGACGCUGUUUGAAUUGAAAUCGGUGGAAAUGUACCUGGUCAAAAAGUCUCUGGAAGGUUUCCUCGAUUUGACCAAAGCGGAGAAACUUGAAAGGUUGGAGCUAUGCUCGAAGCUGUUGCGAGAAAGUCAAGCAUGCCUGCAGUAUGAGAGCUCAGACACCUUUGAGAACAUGGUUUACCAAGCUGCGGUGAAACAACGCCGUGAAUGCGAUGAUCUCUUGACCAUUAUUCAACUCAUGCCUUAAUUAAUUCGCUCUUUCGUUUCAUAAAUGCCAUGAUCUCUUGACCAUUAUUCAACUCAUGCCUUAAUUGAUUCGCUCUUUCGUUUCAUAAAUGCGAUGAUCUCUUGACCAUUAUUCAACUCAUGCCCUGAUCAAUCCGCUCUUUCGUUUCAUAAAUGUCAUAAUCUCUUGA